GUACAGACUCUUAUACUCACUUUUAGAGAGAGGAAGCAGAGAGAGAGAGAGAGAGAGAGGGGAAGUGGGGGGGCGGAGCCGAAAAGAGGAUCAACAAUUGGACCGAAAGUGGAAGGAGGCAGCAACCGAGCGGAGCGGAAUCCUUCCCUCUGUGUUCCUGCUUUGUUGACUGAUGAGUGCAUUUCGCGAGUUUCCAGAAAAGCGAUUUCAGUCUGAUCGCGUUUGGUGACCAAGUCGAAGCACUGCCGAGCGUGGUGUUAGGGCUUAUGCACAUGUUGUAUGUGUGUCUGAGAUGUUCCUUUCCUCUUCUGGAUGUGAUCUGAAGAUGCGCCGGUGGAGUACGUGGAAGAUCAAGAGAUUGUAGGAUUGUGCACUGUGAGGUCGGUGAUUGACUGGAGGAAUUGCGAUUUGUGUUGUCUGUGAAUUGAGGUAUUGGUUGGCACCGCUCGCCGGCUUUUGCUGAUGGAGUCCCGAAUGGAUCAGUACGAGAUCAUGGAGCAGAUUGGCCGCGGAGCUUUUGGAGCCGCCAUUCUCGUCAAUCACAAGCAGGAGAAGAAGAAGUAUGUCUUGAAGAAGAUUCGUCUGGCAAGACAGACGGAGCGUUGUAGGAGAUCUGCUCAUCAAGAGAUGGCACUGAUUGCACGCAUUAAGCAUCCUUACAUUGUCGAAUUUAAGGAAGCGUGGGUAGAGAAGGGUUGCUAUGUUUGCAUCAUUACUGGGUACUGUGAAGGAGGAGACAUGGCUGAAUUGAUGAAAAAAUCAAAUGGGCAGUAUUUUUCAGAGGAGAAAUUAUUGAAGUGGUUCACUCAACUACUAUUGGCUGUGGAGUAUCUGCAUGCAAAUUUUGUUUUACAUCGGGACCUAAAAUGUUCAAAUAUCUUUCUUACCAAAGAUCAAGAUAUUCGUCUUGGGGAUUUUGGACUUGCUAAAACCUUGAAGGCAGAUGACUUGGCUUCUUCAGUAGUUGGAACUCCAAAUUACAUGUGUCCAGAACUUCUUGCAGACAUUCCUUAUGGUUUCAAGUCAGAUAUUUGGUCCCUGGGUUGUUGUAUGUAUGAAAUGGCUGCUCAUCGCCCUGCAUUUAAAGCAUUUGAUAUGGCAGGAUUGAUAAGUAAGAUAAACCGAUCGUCCAUUGGUCCUUUACCUUCCUGUUAUUCUCCAUCCUUAAAAACACUUAUCAAAGGCAUGCUAAGAAAGAACCCUGAACAUCGACCAAGUGCAUCAGAUGUCUUGAAGCAACCAUAUUUGCAGCCUUAUGUUGAGCACUACCGCCCAUCAUUCAACCCUGCUGCUUGUUCUCCAGAAAAGCCUCUUUCUGGUGCUCGUGAUACUAGGAGGAAUUUGGCUGAAAGCCAAAGCAGCAACAGUUCUUGCAGCGAUAAAGAUAGCUUGUUUUCAAGUGACAAAAAUGUUGUGGCUGCAGCAUUUAAUUUUGAGAGCAAAGGUACUGAUACAGAUUUGGCUUCCACUGAGGAUGAGGUUAGCUGUCAGCAGUUGGUGCUAAGUGAUGAACAACAUGGGAACAAAAUACGUCCCCCAAAAAUGGAUGGUGAAGAACUGAUGAAACAUGUGCAUGCUGAACAGAGAUGUCCUGUUGAAGCCAAGCAGCCAAAAACUGUAAAAAAUAUUAUAAUGGCUCUGAAAGAAGGCAAAGGUAGAGAAAAUAGUUCCCCUUUGAGAAGCAAUCGUACAAAAGCUGGGGCAGCAGGGGCCCAGAGAAAUAACUUAGAAGCAUCUCCUAAAGUCCCCAAACCUAGUCCAGUCACUCCUGGUUUCAAGGUUAAUAAUGUAGAGGAGCCGCCUUCUGUCCCAGCAAAGCCUGGCGGUGAUUCUGCAAAGCGUAGUCUGGGAUCACAUACUUUGAAGCAUCAGUUACCUGUUGUGGACUCCUCACUCAAUACAAAACAGAGACAUGAUGGAAUCCCUCCUGGCCCUACAAGGCAUGUUACUGAAGAUGGUAUUCCAGGAAAGCCAAGACUAAAAACACCUCCUAAUUUGCCCAGAAGACCAUUUUCUGGACAGUUGAAGCAAACAGUGAUUGAUGCCCCCGUUGCAGUGGCCAAUACUACGAAGGUUGGUCCAAAUGAGACAACUCAAGAUCCUGAGAAGACUUUCUUUAAAAUGCCAAAUGGUCGCUUUACUCAUGUUGCAGAAGAGAUAGUACCGGAGUUAGAUAAGGGUUUUGUGGGAGGUUCCAAGGGUAUUCCACUAGAUAGCAGCAAUUCUGUCUCGUCUUCAAUUUCAAUUCAAGCAUGUGAGCUUUCUGAUGAUGCAACAACUCCUCUUGCUGCCUUGACAGAUUGGAUACUUCCCGACCAUGGAACAGUUACCUGGACUGGAAGUUCAAACUCGACCUGGUCCUCUGUAGCUUCCCCGUUCCAAUCUGACAUGGCUGAGAACAGGACAAGGGAAAACUUUGGAGCUGACCAUAAAUCUAUACAACUGGAAAUCUCUGAGGAUCCCUUAAAUCUGGAGACUCUGGCCACUAAUACAGAAAAAGCAAGUCCUAGUGCACCUUUGAAGGUCCCAUGCCAACACCCUGAAGAAAUAUAUGUUUUAAAGGGUGAUAACCAUUCAAGCAGGACUGAUACUGUUACUGAGGUCCCAAGCCAGUGUUCUGAAGAAAAAUCUGUUUACAAGGAUGAGAAGCCUUCAAGCAGUAGUAGCAGCUGGUCUGAUGAAGGGCCCCAGUUAAAUCUCACCUCUAAAUCUAAGGGUAAUGAUAAGUUUACUGUGAGGGAACUUCUGUCAUCUGUACCCAAUGGUAACACUUCCCCAGGCUCCCUCUUUUCUAGCCAGAAGAAUUUUCUACCGGACAAACAAACCAUUUCACAACAUUCAGCUAUUCCCGCAGAAAAUGUUUCACAAAAUUCAGUUGUUGAAAAACCAGCUACCACGCAUCUUCCUCCGGCUUUUGAUGACGUCAUACAUGUCAUAAGGCACAGCAGUUUUCGAGUUGGGAUGGAGGUAGAAACCAUGGAGAGGGGGAGGGGCACGGAUGUAGGGAAGCUGACAAACGUAGUCAAGGAUGAGACCGAGACAAAAAGUGUUGCAGGUCCUUCUACUCUGAAAUCAUCUAGCUGCUCCGAAACUCCAAGCCUGAAAUCAAAUUCAUCCGACAAUUCUGGCAUCAAGGAAGUGGAUAUGAAACAUCCGACGUCUCCAAAUACCAAAGUUGAAGCUUCUUCAAAGCCAGCAAAAUCUAAACCUCCUGCAACAGAAGAAGAAACGCCAGUCAAGGAAACGCUAGAUGUUAAGUCUUUUAGGCAGAGGGCAGACGCAUUGGAAGGGCUAUUAGAAUUGUCUGCAGACUUGCUCCAGCAAAACAGACUGGAAGAGCUUGCAGUUGUUUUAAAACCUUUCGGUAAAGAUAAGGUUUCUCCAAGGGAGACGGCUAUCUGGUUGGCAAAAAGUCUGAAAGGAAUGAUGCUUGACGACUCUGGGCGGAAUACUACUGCUACCCCUACGUAAAUCAUGUAUUCUGCUGCUGGUAAAUGUUGGUUGGUCUAAUUUCUUUUCCUUGAUAUUUGCUUAAGUUAGCACUGAGGUUAUUGCCUUGAUUUUCUUCUAUUCAAGUUCCAUUCAAAUUUUAACAGAACCAGCUCUUUUUUUUUCUUUUUUUUUUCCUUCUGUUUUUUGGUGGGGGUGGGGGUGGGGGUGACUUCUCACCUUGUAAUUCUUUCAAUGCAGUACUUUGUACAUAGAGAGAAACGAAUUAAAAUAUGUUCUCAUUGCGAAAUGUAUGAAUAUGUUGCAGCUUAAUUACCCUGGCUAGCUAUACAUCUCAUUUCAUGGGGACUCUC